UUUGGUUGCAGAACUAAGAAAAAGACAAAAGAACUUAAAAAAUUAUCGUGACAUGAAACGGCUACAGCUGAAGCAUGGAAGAUACCGACAAUAAUUCCACCGGUACCAGCGGCGCCGCCUGCUCUACCGCCACUCCCAACUUGGACGACUUUCCUCAACAUCUCAUCCUCCACAUCCUUUCUUUCCUGCCCACCAUAGACACUAUCACAACCAGCUUAGUCUCCAAGAAAUGGUACCCUCUCUGGUCAUUAAUUCCCUCCCUAAACUUCUCCUUCGCCGAUUUUCCUCCCUACAGUACCCCCUCCACCACCCGUCAAUUCUUCGCCGAAUUCGUAGACCGUACCCUCGUCUGCCGCUCUCACUCCCCUCUCAUCAAAUUCCACCUUGAUUUCAUCUUCGAAGAUCGCUACGGUUUCCAUGUGGAUUCCUGGAUUCGUUAUGCAAUCAAGAAUCAAGCGCAAGAACUCGAUCUUAAUUUCUUCAUCGACGAGAGUUUCUAUGUCGACGAACCCCGUUUGGGGGAUACUUACGAUUUCCCCUUCUCCGCUCUUAGAAAUGGGAAAGUUAGAGACUUGAAGCUGACUCGAUGUGAUUUGGCAUUGCCAGCUAAUCUGCGUCUUUUGUCGAUGAAAUCGAUUUACCUUGAUGAAAUUUAUUUGACGGAUCAGAUGGCUUUGGAUUUGAUUAAUGGGUGUCCCAAUCUCGAGGUUUUGGAGCUUGGGAACUGUAAAGGCAUGGAUACUUUGAAGGUUUGUUCUGAGAAAUUGAAGAAGCUGGAGCUUAAAUACUUUUUUUGCAAGGAAAAUGAAGUGAAUUUGGAGAUUGAUUGUCCUAAUCUUGUUUCUUUAACUAUAAUUUGGUUCGAGGUUGGGAAAUGCUGUGUCAAGAAUUUGUCCUCUUUGGCUCAUUUUCGUACUUUUAUUGGGCAUAGAAGGGACAGAUACUAUGGAUACUGGAACAAGAUUAUGAGGAUGCUUGAUCAAGUGCCUCAUGUUAGGAGUCUUGCUGUACAAAAUUGGUGGCUCAAGUUGGCACCAAACGAUUUUUUUCCAAAAGGCUUUCUGCUGUAUAAUCUCAAGCAGUUAGAGCUACAAACUGGAUAUACACGGUAUGAUCUUCUCGGGAUGGCUGCAUUGCUUGAGCUUACUCCAAAUGUUGAGACAAUUAUCCUGGAUCAUCUUUUAAAGGGUGACGAAGAUGAGAGUUUGUCAGAAGAACUGUUACAUAGAUCAAUUGAUCUCAGCAUGCCUAGUCUCAAGAUAGUGAAGAUGAAACAAUUUACUGGAACAGAAAAUGAAGGUAGCUUCUUGGCACUUGUGAAAAAGCGAGGAGUGGUUUUGGAACAGAUAGUAAUAGUUCCUGCAAAAGUUGGUGAUAUUCAAUGUCCUCCUAUUGUUUUGCGGAAAAGGCCCAAGAAGAUUGAGGUCAGGGAAUUAUCAUCUCCAGAAAUAGAAGUAAAAGAAAGCUAGCUGAAAUGUCAAAAUAUUGUUACAGAGGACGCAAUCGUGUAGGAAGAGCAUCCGGCGGAACAAAGCUAAAUUGGACGAAAAAAAAUUCUACACAUCUAUGAUUGUUCAAAUCUUGAAUAGUCAAAACUUUCCUUAUUAUAAUUAUGGCCAGAAAACUAAUUGAAUUUGAACUAAUUAAUGUUAGAUUAUAUUCCUUUCGAUUA